AUGACGCCGGAACGAAAGUACGCCAUUCCCAAGGGCUCUACCGUUCUUGUGACGGGGGCGAACGGCUUCAUCGGCUCCCACGUCUGCAACGAGCUGCUGCAGCUAGGCUUCAACGUCCGCGGAACUGUACGUGACGUGGACCAGUGCGCGUGGUUGCCGAAGACUCUGGAGAGCCGGAAACCGAAGGGAGAGUUCAUGUUGGCUUCGUUGCCAGACAUGGAGAAGAACGGCGCUUUUGACUCUCUGGUUGAAGGUGAGUUAUCCAUUCACAGAACCCACUCGUCAUCAUUAGUCUUACAAGCACCAGGCGUGUCCGCAGUGGUUCAUGUUGCUUCGCCUGUCUCUUUCAGCCCGAACCCUGAGAGCGUCAUCCCAAGCAGCAUCGCCGUGGCUCUGAAUGCGCUCAAAGCCGCCAACAAGUCGUCGAGUGUGAAGCGCUUCGUCUUCACGAGCUCGUCUGUCGCCGCAGCACUACCGAAGCCAAACAAGGGAGGGAUCGAAGUGACCGCUGACAGCUGGAACACCCAUUCGGUGGAGAUAGCAUGGAGGGAGGCGCCGUACCAUCCUCAAAGGGCGUGGCACGUGUACGCAGCUAGCAAGGUGGAGGCAGAAACCGCGGUGUGGAGGUUUCACUACGAGAAUAUACGUCGCCGGUAUGACUUGGUCGUCAACACAGGUCAGCCAGUUCAGCCGAGAUGUCGUGUGAUCAGGCCGGUUGCUAAUGAUUCAGCAGUGCUUCCAGGUACAAACUUUGGACAGCCGCUUGAUGUGGUCAACCAAGGCCAUCCCUCGACCUCGUCGUUCGUCGAGAGUCUCUGGAACGGCACGCACUUCGAUCGGCUCGCAUCUAUUCCGCCGCGUAUGCUAUUCGUUUCUCUCCAUUUGGACUCGCUGACACGAAACCCAGAGUACUUUGUGGAUGUCCAGGAUAAUGCCAGACUCCACGUGGCAGCGGCCGUGCUCCCCAACGUCCAGAAUGAGCGGAUCUUUGCCUGGGCUGAACCUUUCAACUUCGAUACAAUUCUUGACAUCUUGCGCACUCAGUUUCCUGGGAAGGGAUUUGCAGACAACUUCCACAAUUAUGAGGAGCUCUCCACCGCAGUCGAACCCCAAUCGAGAGCAGCAGAGCUGCUGGGGCAGAUGGGAAGGGAUGGUUUCGUUCCUUUGAAGCAAAGCGUCCUUCUCAACGUUGGAGACUCAAAUGUCUUUGGGCCUUGA